CGAUAGAGGUCACUCGUAAUUCUCUCGUACUCGCUCGCUUGUUUCGCCAUUUUGUCGUGUUGAUUGCUAUAUUGAUUCAAAGAAGCUUAUGAUUCCGAUUCGAUACGUGAUUAUUCGUGUCGAUUCAUUUAAUUUAACGUCCUUGAUCUGUAAUCAUCAAUAAACUACCGCUAACAACACUUCAACAUGAAGAAAGUGUCUUCAGUUGUGUGGCAGUUUUUCGAUCGAUUGGAAGAAAAUAAGAGAUGUGUGGCUGUUUUGUGUAAACUGUGUGAUACGGAAUACAAAUACUUUGGGAAUACCACAAACCUAAGAGGACAUCUUAUUAAAAAGCACCCCAUACAGUGGGAGUUGAGGCAAACUAAUUGGGAUGGCCAAAAAACUUUGGAAGACGCAACUAUACACGCUACAUUUGACGAUGACGAAAGCACGAAUCAUUCCACGGUGUCGCCAAAGCGCAGGAAAUAUUCAAGACCAAGAGAUAAAAAUGUACGUUAUUCACUGUCAGUAAAAAAUAUCAACGGUAGUGGAACAACAGAAGGAGAUAAUUUACCUAAAAUUGAAAUACAAAGGGUUGAUGUCCUUGAAACUUCCGAAACUGAAGACCAUGAUAGAGAAGACAAUGAGGCAACCCUUAACUUGGUACGUCAAAUGCAUGACACCCAUGGAUCCGAUGAAGAAUGGUUAGAAGACGAAUAUAAUAAUCCAGCUGAGAUGUAUGAACCUAAACGCAAGAAAGCAAUAUAUCGGAAAAUUAAGAGAGAAGUUGUAACUCCACCACGUCGCUCGUCCAACUAUUAUGCACUCACCAGUGCUAAGGCUGAAAAGCAGCACCUCAUCAUUAAUGACUCAAGGAAAGACGAAUACUCCGUCUUCGGGGAAUACAUUGCAAAUAAACUGAGAAAGUUCAAGGCUCCGCGAACUAGAGGCAACAUUCAACAGUUAAUCACGACCAUUCUGUGGCAAGCUGAAUAUGGGCUUUACGAUGACGCUGAUGCUGUAAAACGAGUACUAAUGUCUUCUGUCCAAGAUAUAGAACCAGAGCAAACUAUCGUCAUGCAAUCCCAUGACACUGUGACUGCAAUGCCAACUGAACAAUUUGGCAAUGAUAAAAAACAUGAUAACAAUGAAGGUGUGGAGUCUGACAACGUACUUUAACAAACAAUGAACUUUGAAUCUAUUGUCAUUGUCGAGAAACUAAUAAAUGAAUCAUUGACUCUAAUUUUUUGUCCUGCAAACC